CACACACGUAUCAGUGUUCAAUAAGGUCCACGGGAACGGGACAAGGCAAAUCCAAGCUGCACAGAGAGAGACGACUCAUACUCAUACACACAUGUCUAUCUCUGGGUCCCCACACCACACCUCUCCCUCCACCGCUGCACACAGGCCACCUUCAUCAACCCUUGACCUCAACCCCCUCCCCACCCCCGUCCUCAGGGCUAUAUCGGUCCUCCAUCUCCCCACUGGGUGUCUCCUCCGCUCCAGUGAGGGCACGGCGCCCCUUGCUCAUAUCUGCCACCUUUAUCACCUUAGCGAAGGCCAACACCACCCCCACCAUCCCCACCAGGCUCCAGAUGACCGCCCACUCGGAUCUGUACAGGCCCAUGAAGGACCCACGUGCGUCACGAGCCGAGGGCCCCACCUCUGCAGUGUGGCAAAGGCAACACGUGACCCUUGCUGCCUCCGGCCCCCUUGCCCUGUGUGCUUACCAGGCUGCUGUGGUGGCGGCCCGAUGCCCAGCGCCUCUGCCAGCUCGUCGAGCGGCCCUUUAUCUCUCUCCCUCCAAGCGUCCGCCGUGGGCGGCGUGCGGCUCGGAUGCACCCAAGACGUGUGGACAUGCGGCCGGUCCUGGGGCGACAGGGGAGAUGUGUCCUCCGCGCUGUGCUUUAUCGAAUCAAAGUGUUUCUCCUUGGGGGGCUGUGGAUCAGCAUCAGGUGCGAAAUUGCCGGUGGCUGCCUUCAGGCGGCGGUAGGCAGGGGAAGUCGCUGGAGGCUGCUGAUGGGUGGAAGAAGACGUCAUCACAAGUGCGUCGACGCUAUGGUCAACGGCGCCAUGUGAAUCCGCCUCCAAGGAAUGGCGAGUCCACGCACUGGGCGAUGUUGGCGGCUCCCUCGUUGUAGAAUAGUGAUCAGUACUCACAGUAUCAGUGGCUUGGAAGUAUGGGGGCGGUCUCUUGAUGCUGCUGAGCACCACUGGCCGCUGUUGCUGAACCCUCAGCUUCCUCGACACAGGCCUCCCGAGCACCGGGAAGAGGCUGCCAUGCCUCAGCAGCAGCCUCACCCUCCUUGACGGCGGAGGCUUGGCGGGUUCGAUGGAUGGAUGGUGCUGCAAAAGCACGGAGAAGUCGUCGUGAUCAUCGCUGUCCACCACUCGAUUCAGACGUGUCCGAUGGAGAAACUCACGGCUGGCGUAUCUGCUGCUGGGCACCUGGCGAUGCGAAGGCCGGGCAAGUGACACAGAGAUGCAAAGGACGAGAAUAAGGUCCGCAACACCUUUCAUCCUGCUUUGCCAUGAAC